UCUUCUUCCCCUUCUUCAAUUCACUUCACUCCUUCAUUUACUCUCUCUCUUACUUUCUCUCUCUACUCAAAACAAAUGGCAACUCCCCUUCAUUUCAUCUCCUCAAAUGACCCAAACACACCCUCCACUAACACAACCAACAUCUGGCCUCUCAUCAACCAAACACAAUCAAACCACUAUCCCAACCUCAGGCCGGUUCCAAACUCGAACCCGAACCCGAACCCGACCCCAAAACCUCGAGGCCGAAAGGGCAGUGGAAAGUCCCAAAAUGGUAAACAAAACAAGGUUCCUCUAAGAGGUGUUGGCAUGGCUGAACUUGAACGCCUUCGUGCACUUGAUGAACAACAAUCCCGUUCUAUUCCUACUCCUCCUACCACUACUACUACCAGUUCUUACAAUCAUAACACUACUACCCAUCCUCUAACCGAUCCCCGGGUUAACCCGUCUUUUCAUCAUUCCACCCCGCUUUCUGGUGUUCCAGUUAUCCGUUACUGCUUACCGGGUCAACCCAUCACGGACCAAAGGAUCACUCACCGGGUCGGCAUUCCCGAGUCAGCCUCAGCUCCUUACUACCCAGAGCUUCCUUCAAUGCCAAACCCUUUUCAACUUGAUCAUCACUCCUCUCUUACUUCCUUUAAGAAGAAGAGGGUAAUUGGUGAAGAAGCAGUAGGGUUUUCAAAAGGGUAUAAUGGUAAUUUUGGUGGCUUUGAUCCCAAAAAUGGAGACAACUAUAAUCACUACUUGGCUCUUAAUCAUGGAGGUUUUUCAUCUAAUCAUACAAUUAACAACGGCAGUGAGGUGGUAGCAAUUCACAGAAAAUGGAAUGGAUCAGGAAAUGUAAUGAUGGAGUAUGGAUUUUUCCCAGGAAAAUCAGAAGAAAACACGAUGAAAUUCGACAAUGAUAACAACAGUAACAAUUACUACCACAAAAUGGAAGAUUUGAACCUAAAAAUGGGAUUUUUCUCAGAUUCUUCUUCAGCUUCUCCAUCUCCGUCUCCGUCUCAGUCUCCUUCAUCAUCAUUAUCUUCUCUCACAACAGCAACUACAACUACUACUUCCAACACCUCUGUUGACUUGUCCUUGAAGCUUUCUACUUAUUAGCCCUUAAUUAACCUUUUUAAGUUGUAAUUAUUAAUUAACUAUUGGGGUUUUUUUUUUAACAAAAAGAGAAAUUAACUUUCUGUUAUUUUACAUAAUUUGUGUAAUGUUCAGAAACCUAAACCUAAAAAGUAGUGCUUAUAAUUUGCUUCUUUUGGUUACUGUUCUUGUGAUGCCAAAACUGUAGUAUGUCAUUAAUUAUUAAUACAAAAUAUAGUACUUUAUGUUUU